ACCAAGUGGGUAUUUGCUCUGAAUACUGUAAUUGACCUUCUGCUUAGUUGUUCUUAGUUCUAGUUUCUGAAAUCUGAGCAAAGUAGGUUAAAGAACUUAGAGCUCUGAUUUAAUGUCCAAAUCUUCUUCGACUUUACAAUACCGAACCAUAUGUAUACUGUUUGUUUUAUAAUAGAGAGUCGUAGGCAUCUUACUUCUUCCUUCUUCCGAGUAAGUUCGAAUCUUCACCCCAUAUUUGUCUAAUCAUAGUGGAAAAAUUCCCUUAAAUUUUGUAAUUGCUUCUCGAUUAAUAAAAAAUUAGUGCAAUUAUAGGUUUAUUCUUUUGAUAAAUUCAAUAGUGUGAAAUGGGAUUUCUCUCUUCUGUUUUAUAUUUACUGUAUGAUUGCUCAAGAACUUUAAAGUUCUCUGUAUUUGAAUUGGAAUAUUGCUCAAGCGUCUGAGAUAUAUACUGUGCCACUGUGGUAGGUUUUAGGGUGUUCCUUGUCUAAGCACGGAAAGCCUUUAACUUAAAGUAGGUUUUGAAGAGGAUGAUGUUAUUUCAAGCUCUUUAAUUGACAUGCAUAUUCAUAGUGGCUAUAUUCUACCGUUGGUCGAACCCAAGUUUCGUUAUUCAUAGUGGCUACCGUAUUUGUAUGUGCCUCCUACUGAAGAAACUUGUUGGUGCGCAUAGAGCUUCCAUUUCUCUGUAUUCUCAGUUGAUAGACCAAUGUUUAGCACUAAGAUCUGUUCAUAUUGCGAAAACAAUCCAUGCUCAGUUGGUAAAGCUUGGCCUUAACAACAAUACUUUUUUGGGCAAUCGAUGUCUUCAGCUAUACGGGUUAUUUGGUCCCGUUCAUGAGGUAUUGAAAGUAUUUCAUGACAUUAAAGAGAAGAAUUUUAUAUCCUGGAACAUAUGCUUGAAGGGCUUGUUUCAAUUUGGUGAUAUUAAAGGUGCAUGCCAGUUGUUUGAUGAAAUGACUGAGAGAGACACUGUUUCAUGGAACUCCAUGAUUUCUGGCUAUGUCUCAUCUGGGUUUGGUGAUAGUGCUAUGGCUGUUUUUCUGGAUAUGCAAAAUGCUGGUUUUAGAUCAAGUGAGUAUACAUUUUCCAUUUUGAUGUCACUUGUGUCGUGUACUCGUCAUGGUAAGCAAAUUCAUGGUAGUAUGAUUCGUAGUGGUGUGGAUGUGUCUAGUGUGGUGCUUGGGAAUUCGUUAAUUGAUAUGUAUGGAAAAGUUGGCCUUGUUGAUUAUAUGUUUGCCAUAUUUUUUACAAUGGAAAAGGUGGAUGUUAUUUCUUGGAACUCUUUGAUUUUGGGCUGCCACAGAUCAGGCUUUAGAGUAUUGGCACUAAAUCAGUUCUCUCUAAUGAGAACCACUGAGCACUCUCCUGAUGAGUUCACUGUAUCAACAGUGAUGAGUGUCUGUUGUGGCCUCCAAGCGUUUGAUUUUGGAUUCAGUGCAGCUUUUUGAAGAAACCAAUCGAUGGGAUCCAGCUCUUUGUCAUGUCAUGAUCUCAAGCUUUUCCUGGCAUGGUCAUUUGAGGGAUUCUCUGAGGCUUUGUGUUUAUACCUUGAGGGAGAACCUGAGGCCAACUGAGAUUACACUCAGCAGUGUGCUGAGCUCUAUCUCAGUCUUCACACCUGUGGAGUUGGUUAGUCAAAUCCACAAUUUGGUUCUUAAGUUGGGUUUUGAAUCUGACGCCAUUGUCGCUAGUUUGCUAGUAGACAUGUAUGCUAAAGUUGGUUCAGUUGAUAAUGCCAUGAAAGUCUUUACAGAUAUGCCUGUAAGAGAUUUGAUAUCUUGGAACACUAUGAUUAUAGGUCUGGUUAAGAAUGGCAAAUACAUUGAGGCCCUUCACACUUUCAAAAGUUUGGUUUUGGAAGGUGUACUGGCAGAUAGGAUAACACUAGCAGGGGUGUUAUUAGCCUGCAGCCGUGCAGGUUUUGUCGACGAAGGGUUGGCCAUCUUCUCUGUGAUGGAGAAGAAACACGUAGUCGCACCGAGGAACAAGCAUUAUGCGUGUGUGGUGGACUUGCUGAAUCGUACUGGUAAAUUUGAAGAAGCAGUUAACAUUAUCAAAACAACAACAUGCCAACCAACUCCUACAUUUUGGAAAUCACUCCUYAAUGCYUGUGCAAUUCAUGGAGACUUGAACUUCAUUGAAAGAGUUGCAGAAACUGUGAUGAAGCUGGAUCCACAAUCAUCCCUACCGUAUUYCGUGCUGGCUCAAGCUUACGCGAUGAGAGGUCGAUGGGAAAGUAUGGUUCGUGUCAAGACGGCCAUGGAGAAUAUAGCUGUGCAGAAGACGAAGGCGUGCAGCUGGGUUGUGAUAAAAGAUAAUGUAUAUGCUUUUGAKAAUGACCGAUUACAACAACUUCRRGGCRAAAAUUUCGUUUCGGCAUUGGAKUUACUUAUUUGGGAGACAGAAGAUGAAUAUAUGUGUCUAUAAACAGGGGGAACAAUACAUUAGAAAUGUCUUGUUAUAUUCAUGAUCUGAGGAUAAACCUUGAUUCAGUGUAUGAAUAU